UUGGCAAGUAAUAAGAUCGAUCGGUGUUUUAAGUUUGUGAGAGAAGAGUCCCAGAAGAGAGAGAAAUGUCGUCCGAGCAGGAAAGACGAGAACUUGACGCCAAGGCAAAGCAGGGAGAGACAGUUGUCCCUGGUGGAACUGGUGGGAAGAGCCUUGAAGCCCAGGAGCACCUUGCCGAAGGUUUUGCGUACGUAAUUGGGUUGAUUCUUUUUUUUUUUUUUUUUGGUGCUAAUUGGCAUGAAAUAUAUAUUGUUGGUGGUGAUCAUGAAGGGCGGAGCCGCGGAGGGCAGACGAGGAAGGAGCAGCUGGGGCCUGAAGGGUACCAGGAGCUGGGCAGCAAAGGAGGACAGACAAGGAAAGAGCAGAUUGGACAUGAGGGGUACCAGGGGAUGGGCCGCAAAGGUGGACUCAGCACAACAGACAAGUCUGGAGGAGAGCGCGCAGCUGAGGAAGGGAUUGAGAUUGACGAGUCCAAGUACAAGACUAGGGACGACCGCUGAUGCGUUUAGUAGUAGUACCAUAGAGAGUUUGGGAACUUAGCCUUAAAAACAAGUGUCUUAGGUUUAGUGGUUGUCCAAUAAUGACGUGUCGUUCUUGUUGUGCUUGUCCUCCACUGCAUUGUAUCUGUUGGGUAAGCAGUGGCUUCUUUUAGGUGUCUGUUGGUGCAGUUAGAAUGGGAAAGGCAUUAUAUGGUCUUUCAUCUUUGGAUGAUGGUUUUUUGGGAUCAUAAAUAGUGCCUCUUUUUGUAUGUUAUGUUAAUUUCAAUAGUUGCUGUUGACUUUUGGCUUUACUAGCUACCUGCAUCGCGCAUCAUGCAUCCUUUUACAUGUAUAUAAAAGAGAUGGAAUGCUGCGUCGUUUAUCAUAUAAA